AUGGUUCCCAGUCUGAUUGUGAGCGACGGCUUCCAUAACCGGAGACGAACGAUUGUGCUGUUGUUCGCUCUGCUAGGAUUGUUGGGGAUCGGUCUCUUGAAGUGGCUCAGCGUUCGCAGUAUACAAACACCUGACUUGGAACAGCUGUCCUCUGGCGAUACCGCACGGAAACAGGUUGCGCGUCUGCUCUCUAUUGGCACUCCCGGGCACUGCACAGCUAUUAUAGGCCUCAAUUCGAAACCGAGGUACCCCGGGCUCGCGAAAGUGGUUGAGUGGUUCGGUGCAGGCCAAAAGUGGAAAGUGCGUUACGUGCGCGGCUUGACAGCUGAUAGUUUGCGAACCUUGGGUUUCGCCCGACGCUCAAACCUGCUCUAUUUCUCGAACCCUGAUCACGUCACGAGCGUCAGUAACGUUGCUGCUGCCUCUGUAUCGCACCUGCUUGCACUUCAAUGGAUGGUUCGGUCUGGUUGCACCUCAAUUGCUGUCUUUGAGGACGACACUUCCUUGGACCUGCUUCCCUUUUGGAACAAGCCGUUAGCGGCUCUCGCCAAGGACCUCCGCGCUCCAGACCGUCUCGUACUGCAGCUCGAGCUUAAAUUGGAUGCGUUCCAUCUCCAGAAUGGCGCCUCAGGUGACCUUCGACUCGAGGAGUUGCCUCUGAACUGCACAGACCGCUACUGGAUCCGCCAUCGCGACCUCAUCACAUGGGGUGCAGGUGCGUAUCUCAUGUCUCGUGCCGGUGCAGAAGGGCUUUUGCGAAAGUUUGGAGACGGGGAUCGCAUUGAUGUGAGCAAAGUGAUGACGAUGUCCUCGGCACCGGACGCGCACCUCCUGUUCAGUCGCGAUACAACCAUGUUCCUGUGGCCACCAUACGCCAUGGAGUGGAGCUCCUCAUCCAGCGUGGCGUGGAGCAGUGGCGAACAAAACUGGCAUAAGAACGUGCAUCAUGCCUCGGCAUUGGUCGCCAUGGCCGUCAACGUUCGACAGGCGUCAGCUUGUGCCUUUCUGGGUUAUGACGCGUACAAACAGGCACUGGGGCACGCGUACUCGCGGUCGUGA